UACAUCUGAUAAGAUAAAUAGAUAAGUCUAAACAAUUAAAGUCAUUUAUCUUCAAUAGCUCAGUAUCAAAUAAACACCAAUGGAAAAGUACAGAUUUCCUUACGAUAUAGAAGACUUCAAAGAUGGUAGACCGUGGGACUCGAUAAGAGUGGGGCCUAAGCGCUAUGUGGUCUCUAGUACAUACAGGGACCUGGCAUCGGAAUUUUACAACUUUGAGCUUCGUCCAGAUGACGUAUUCUUACUCGGAUUUCCUCGAUCUGGAACAACGAGGUGUCAGGAGGCCAUAUGGCUUAUAAACAACAACUUGGACUAUGAAAAGUCUAAAUCAAUUGUUAUAGAUGACCGAUGCCCGUUCCUGGACUUAGAGGUGCAGUUUCCUACUCCAUUUUCCUCUGAAAAUAGUGAGUUUCAAAAUGCGGGAGAGAAUCAUUUAUUGAAAAAGGUUAUAUCACCUCUGAAAUCGCUACCAAAUGCACCUUCACCGAGAUUCAUAAAAUCUCACUUACCGCUCUCACUGUUGCCGCCGAACCUUCUUGAUACCACCAAGGUCGUAUACAUAGCACGAGAUCCACGAGAUGUAGCGGUAUCCUACUAUUACCUUAUGAAACACCUUCUUCCUAAUGACAUGGGGUUUGAGAAGUAUUGGGGUGCUUUCCGAGAUGACAAAAUCCUUCUAACACCGAUAUUUGAACACAUCAAAGAGGCUUGGGGACAAAGAGAUCAUCCUAAUAUGGUUUUCCUCACUUACGAAGAUAUGUCAAAAGACAUGGCUUCGACUCUUCGCCAAAUGUGUGAGUUUUUCGGUAAGAAAUACUCGGAAGAACAAAUCCGUGGUCUCUGUGAGCAUCUCAGUUUUGACAAAUUCAAGACAAAUAAGUCAGUCAACGGCGAACAAACUGUAUUGAAAACAUUUGACGUCAUUAAUGAUAGUGACUGCGCUUUUAUAAGGAAAGGCAAAGUUGGAGGUUGGGAAGACUAUUUCAACAGUGAACAAUUAAAAGAGAGUGCUAAACGUUGGAUGUCCGAAAACCUCGCCGGCACUGACUUGCCCUUUUCAGUUUAAUAUCAUAAAUAUACAACUAAUAAAUUGUAUCGUCAAUUAUUUGUGUUUACUUCUCAAUACUUGGUUUAUAUUAUACUUUUGGGUGAUAUUUUUAAGGUAGAUUUAUUUUGGUUAUUAACCAUAGAUAUACCAUCUUUGGUUAAGUUUAGAACUUUAAUUUUUUGCACUCUGCUAACUUCACUACAACAAAGAUGGUAUAUUGGAUCGAUAUACCAAAAAUAUUUAUAUAUAGAGAUAAAAGAUAAGAAUAUGUCAUUAAACGACUUUAUUGUGUUAAA